GGCGGUCAUCAGUUUCAAGCCGGUACUCACUGCAGUCAGUCCGCUCGUCCGUCCGCCACUGAUUCUUGUCCGUCCGCUGAUUUGCGUUUCCGCUCGUGUCCGUUUUACUCGGGUCCCACGGGAAAAAAUUUAAACCCCUCGACGAGUGUACAUCCGAUUGCCCCUCACCGUCGUCGUUCCGUCUCGCGAUGGCCAGACGCGUUCAAAGCCGUCAGACCCAACGAGAGACGUCCACGGUCGGAAUCGUCACGUUCGCCGCGGGAAUCGCCAUCGCGUUCGUCUUGGUCGUCGUCGUCGUCUCUGCCAUCCGCCAUGCGAUCUCACCGGGUCCGCGUAAUAUGAUGUGACUCUUCGUGCUUCGUGUAACGUACUCGGACAGCUCAACUUUUUGCUCACUCUUCUCGCUCCGCUCAAAGACAUUUAUUACCUUUUUUCAUUCAUCCGCACUAUUGUCGAUCGAACGGUGCUAGUUUGUUUUCUUUCGAAUACAGCGGUUUAACGGGAAUCCAACGCAUCCGGCAGACGGACGUGUGCUACCGAACUGUGUGUUGUCAUUGCACAUCCAAUCGUAACCGAACGGCUGCUCCAAGUACAGACUGAAUUCCAAAAUACUCAGUGGGUAUACCUACGUAUGCAUGCAUAUACCUACUACUUAUGCUCAAAAGGAUCUGACAAGAAGUGAUGGGCUUAUAGAAUUAUUUGAUUUACUCCAGAUUACUAAUACAAAAUGAUGGAUUUGUCUAUAAACAAUCAUAACAAACAAAAUGAAGAAUAUAAUCACCAGAUUCAUUUUCCAUCGAGGACUGCUUCGGAUUUAUUUGCAGUAAACAACAGACCAAGAAUCAGUGCCAUAAAAAGAACUAAACAAAUACGUCCUUUUAGUUAUCUUUUCCAACCAGUGGAUCCUCAUCAAUUCUCCUCUCACAAUAAUCAUGGAAUUUGCGUUAAAGUCAUCGAGUAUGUUUUAGAAACUGAAAAGAGAAGACUUACUGACCAAAUUUCUGAAAACACACAAGGUGCUAAUUUUUCUGAGUGCAGCAUUGAUAAAUAUGCUCCUGUUAACUGUGGUACUAUUACUAAAAACAAUGAAGUCAGUAUACCCAGUGAACCUUAUAUUCAACAUACACCCGAAACAAGACCAUCUAUAAUAAUAAGAAAUAAUGGAGCAAACAAAAAAUGUAUACCAAGUGUACCAACUAACGAACUUACACCCGAAAACAUAACUAUGUAUGAAAAUUCAGUACAAUUAUUCAAUUUCAGUAAAAAUAGUGAACCAGUAAAAUCAACUUCUAACAACGAACAAAAUGGUUUUCCUCAAGUUUCUUAUUCUAACAGUCAACAUUAUUUCUCCAGUUUUGCAAAAUAUAUGCCCAAAACACUUGAUACACAAAUAAUGCCAAAUCCAAGACACUUUGAAAAUCGGGAAGAAACUGAAAUUUUUAAUCAUCCUACUUCUGAUACACCAAUGUUUUCUUCAUUUCAAUUUACUAAUGAAGCCCAAAAUCAUUAUUCAACAUUUCAAGAAGCUCCGGAGUCAAUACCAUCUGCGUAUAGAAUGUGCAAUCCAACGUCUCAUAAUAUACCGAGUAAUAUACCAUUAACUCAAUUCUCACCUAUUGGAAAUUCAAUGAAACCAGGUAUACCAAAAUUGUCAGCCCAUGAAGUUGUGGAUGAACAUGGUAUUUGUCCUGUAAUAUUACAUCCUAAUAAGCAAUUGAGUUCACAAGUCCAGAUGAAAAGUGAUGCACUUAUAAAAACAAUUGGAUUUGCACCUGCACGAUCUCAAAUGACAGCUCAAGCGCAAAGCCGUAUUGUUACAACAUCAUUGCAACGUUCUAUUAUGGAAUCUCAAAAUGUUUCCCCACUUAUAAUAACACCUUCAUCGCAUGUUAUUCACUCGGCUAAUGAAAUUGUUCCUGCUAAAAUUGUUCCAAUACCAUCAGCGCCUGCUGUAUCACAUUUUUCUGUAAUAAAUAAGACAGGUUCUUAUGAUAAUAUACCGGAAUAUACGGGUAUACGACAAAGUUUGGUGUCUGGUACACCACCAGUUUAUACUCAGAGUGAUUUUGCUCGUUUUCCUCCAAAAAGUUACCACCAUAAAAAUGCUGUUGUUAAUCCUGCAGUUAUUCAUGGUCCCAUUCCUGGAAAUAUUGAUGAACCAUGUAUAAAUAUACCCAAUAGUCAACAUGUAUUUAAACCAAUUAUUUCACCUAGGCCUAGUAUUUUAAGGAAGCGUGAUGCAGAUGGUGUACUUAGAGCGCAAAAAAAUCUAAUACCAAUUUUAACCAAACCAGACAUUGAAGAAUGUCAUAAUAUAGACGAUACAUCACUAAACAGAAAUGGAUAUAGUGAAAGUGGUGGCUUACAAAUAGAAUCAAUUAUGGUACCACAAAUACCAGAGGUAAGAUUACUACCUCAAAUUGCUGCCUUAACUAGGCAAUCACACAUAAUGGUUGAAAUCAGUCCACGGAAAAAACCUCGUAAACAGUUACUCCCUGUUAAUCAAGAAGAUAGUCCGUUUAAAAUAGUUGGUGAUGAUAUGGAGUAUGUGGAUGAGAAAUUAAUGAAAAUUGAUAAAUCUGAUGAUUUUCCUGAUGAUGAUUUAAUGUGUAAUGAUGAUUUAAUUGAUGGUGAUGCUGAAGAUGAAGCCGAAGAUGAUUUGGAUGAUAUGGAUGUUGAUGAUGAUUGUCCAGCGGAUGAUGAUUAUGAUGACGAUGAUGAUGAUUUUGGGAAUGAUUUUGGAGAUGAUUUUGAUUAUGUUAAAUCAGAUAAAACAUUCUUUGACGAUGUUAAAACAUCAGUAGAAGUCAGUGAUGAAAGUUCAGCUUGCAUUAAACCUAAAAAUAAACGACCUACAUUAUUGGGUGGUUAUAAGAAUACGUGGCGGGGGCACACUCACCAUUUUCAAAGGUACACUGAUUUCAAAAUUAAAGAAACUAAAAAGCAAUUAGCUGAUAUGCAGCAAGCAAAAAAAUGGACGUCAGAUAGCAUAUCAGGAUGGAGAGUUCGGCACUUACUAAAUCAAUUCGAUGGAAUGAUAAAUAUCGAAGAAGAAAUUAUUGGAAAAAUGACUGAACUUAUAUCUGAAUUCGAAGCAAAUAUUAAAGAUCAUAGGACAUGCCAUAACCUUGUUGAGCUCAUUAAAGAUAAUAUUCAAAGAAGCAAAGUGUCGAGAAGUCAAUUAGAGGAAAUUAGACAGCAAUUAAAAAAAAUUUUUGACUAUAAAACAUUAAUUGAUGAUGUGGUUGAUAAACAUUGCCCCAAAGACCUUAAAAAGAAAUAUGCAAAAGUAUUAACUCUUAGCAAAUCUUAGACGAUAUGUAUUGUCAAUAAGAAUAUUUUGAUUUACACUGCACACAUAUCCAAGAAAUACCCAGCGAAGUGUUUUUGUUGCAAGUACAUUAUGGUGUAAAAAUAUGGUUUUCCAGCUUCGAUAAAAACUGUGAAUAUGACUAGUGAACCAGUAGAAGAUUUGUUUACGUUGGUACAAGAAAGAAAAGUCAAAAAUUAUUGAUUUAAAGUUUUGAAAUUAUUUGAUGUUUCUUUGUAAGGUUCAACUGGUUUUGUAAUUUAAGAUAUAUAUGAUUCUGAACGAUGGCAUGGUCACAUAUUCUGUAGCUGGACAUCUUUGAAGCUCAGGUUAAAGUCCUUUUUGGCGUUCUUAAUAUAUAAAUUACCUAUUAGAAAUAGAAUUGAAUUAGAUGGCCGGUUCAAGUAAAUUAACUAAUAUUUUCAUGGUUUAUGUUACCUUUUAUUAUCGAGAAAUAUUGAUUUAUACAGCUCAAAACUUAUCAUUGGCGGUUUAAUGGUACUGUUUUUCAUCAGAAACUUGCAACCCGAAUUUGUAUAUAUUAAAUUAUUUAUUUUUCUAACUUGAAAUAUUUUAUUUCACAUUAAUUAGCUAUUAAAAUUAUUAGUUUUAUAUCAUUAACUUUGUUAAUUUAUAUUAUUUUUUUUAUAAUUAUUGAAGUCCUAAUAUGAUUUGUUUAUAUUUGAACGGUAUUUUUUGUUCCUGGAAAAUUGAUACGUGGCAUUGCUGUAAGUUUCAAAAAUAUAUCUUGUGAUUUCUAAAUGUUUGAUUUUUAUAAAAUAUUUGAUUCUCAGAAAUUCCUGUAAUCAUUCCGGAUAUGAUAUUUAACCACAGAUAUAAUUUAUUAAAUUAAAAAGCAGAUGCAUUUCAAAUUGUGUUGAUGAUAUGGAAGUGGAUGGAGACGGCUAUUCUAUUCAAUGCCUGAAAAUAAUGAAGUGAAGUCGACUUAGUCCAUUGAAACCCUUCACUUAGAGAACCCAUCCAGCAGUACUCUGAACUAUUUUGGGUCGUUAGUACUGUGUGGUAGAAGUUUAAAUUCAACGGAAUCCAAUUUUGAAAUUUUCUAAUUUGUAUCAUUUGUAUCUGUUUUGUUGUUGCAUAUAUUUAAUGUGGAACUGUGUAUGAAUACGUAUAUUUUUUAAAUCAAUAUGUAUUUUAUGUAUGUAAAGUGACCCAAAAAUUUGUGUUCAAGUUUAUGUAUUUUUGUGUGUGUGUACAUGUGUGUGUAUCUUUGUUAUAUGCGUUUUGGUGAUUUAAAAUAUACACGCUUUGUGAAUAAAGUUUGGCUAUGUCUACAAUAAAAAUUUUAAGUGUUU